ACCAAAGUGUCACUUAACGGGGUGUUCUUGUUGUUGCUGUUAACAUGACAAACGCUUCGCACUUGUAGCUAACAUUCACGUUAGCUUGAUAGAUUAAGUUAAUUAGUUAGUUAACCAAGUUAGCUUAAAGCUGUUCGGUCGAGUGAACCCACAGCAUCUGUCCGUGAAACGCACCGGUGCAAGCUAAUGCAGCCCAAACGUCACACUGAAGGUUUUUGUGUAGUUCACUGACCAGCUCAAAGGAUGGCUGACGACCCUCAGAGAAAUUUCCGCUCUGCAUAUUAUGAGAAAGUGGGCUUCAGAGGAGUGGAGGAGAAGAAAUCGCUGGAAAUACUGCUCAAGGAUAAUCCUCUGGAUCUGGAAAAGCUGAGCACCUUCAGUCAGAGGUUCCCCCUGCCCUCCAUGUACAGGAUCCACGUGUGGAAGGUGUUGCUGGGCAUCCUUCCUCCUCACAGUGACUCUCACGCUCUGGUUGGAGGCUACAGGAAGGGGCAGUAUGAGGACAUCCUGGAAGCUCUGGAAGUGAUGAGAUACAUCAACUCCUCCACACCCUCCACCCACAUCUACCUGCGCAUGUUCCAGCUGGAGAGCCAGGUGCUCCCGCGGUGCUCUGAGAUCUCCGCCCCGGAUGAAGAGAACGAGGACUUCCUCUCCAUCAGUCGAGCCAUGGAGGAGAUCGUAGACGAUCCCGUCGACUGCUACUGGUUGAUCAAGUGUUUUGUCAAUCAGUUCCAUACAAAGUUCGGAGACUCGGUUCCUCACCUGCCAAAGAGCCUGGAGCAUUAUCUGAGUCAAGAGGAACCUCGACUGCUGAACCACCUGAAGAGCAGCGGCGCUCUGCCUCAGCUGCCCUACAGCCUCUGGUUCAGACGCUGUUUCGCCGGCUGCCUGCCUGAAUCCAGCCUGCAGAGGGUGUGGGACAAAGUGAUCAGCGGCUCCUGUAAGAUCCUGGUGUUUGUGGCCCUGGAGAUCCUGCUCAGCUACAAGAUCGUGUUGAUGGGUAUCAGCCGUCCUGAAGGCGUGGUCAUGUUCCUGUGCCAUAUACCACAGGAGAACACAGACGCCAUUGUGACCAAAGCCAUCGACUUGUGGCACAAAUACUGCGGCACGCCAAUGCACGCUGUGUAGCCACACGGAGCUCCACACACCUCCACGCACCUCAGAGGUCUGGGCCCAGAGCUGAGCUGCUUUCCCAGGAUGCACCUGGACACGCUCUAAACUCCACUGAGAGACUGACAGACUGUGGCGUUCGCUGUCAGUGGGGAUUCGUCUCUGCAUGACUGACCUGAAAACUCAUCACAGACUACUCUGUGAAUAAGCCCGCGGAGUUGAGUCCCGGCUGAUAAACCAGACGUGGAAAGGACUUGAAGACACGAACACUGGGAACCGCUGCCACAGACCUUCAGGCUGAUCAGUGGGACGCCACAAAGAAGGCAAGGAAGCACAAACUUAUUUUUUAAUAAGUUUCUUUCUUUAAGAAACUGCAUACAUCAUAGAAGACUCACAAUAAAUUAAUACUCACAUGCAGUUUUUCUGCUUUACAAAAAACCUUUGAAAAGUCUCACUUACUUUCUUUGCUAUGUACAAGUCUUAGAAUUCUGAGAGUAUUUUUUUCCCCCCAAAACAUUUUUCAACAGUAAUAUUACUGAUGCUUGUGCACACACACACACACACACACACACACACACACACACUCAGACACACUCGCACUCAACCAGUUCACCCAGUAAUUUGGUCAAAACUGCCAAUUCAUGAGGCUAAUACGGACUGUAAACAAUAAAAAACAGAAACUAAGGUGGCAGGGUUUUCAUUUUUUGUACCGCUGAAGGUUCAUCUCGGACAAUAAAAAAUGAAAUAGAAAAAACGUUCGACUUUCAGCAGAGAGUUCGGCAACUUUAACGUGUCCACAGAUAAUAUUCUGCAUCAAGUGAAACAAGUAAAUUUGGCAACUUCUAAAUUCCUGUAAACAAUCCUGUAGGCACAGUGACACAAUGAGUUACUGAACUCUCAGUCACUCUGGGAUGCAUUCAAGAUCCACAGCAAGUCAAGUUGCUUUGGUUUAAAAUGGGGAUCUGAAGUCUGAACAGUUUUGAAUGCAGCCCAUAAACAGAAAAGAAUCUGAAAUUAUUGCUCAGUUGAUUGGUUUGUAUGUGUUAGAAGAUCCUCAGUGUUUACUGUUGGUAGCUUGCAGAGAACAUUUUGGGCUUUUCAGGAUUUUGGGACAUUUGGUUUAAGAUUCAGCUGCCUACAACAGCAUAAGCUGCUGUAAAUAUUUUAAUUCCUCCGGCAGAACGAGAUAAACGAUGACUGAGAUGUCAUCUGUGGAAUAAAACUGCCAACACGUGCGCCCCAAUGAAACAUUAAGUCCAGCUGAGAGUGAGAACCCCGUUAAAGUCUGAAACAAAAAAGUCCCAUCUUCACUUCCUGCCGUUCUCAUCCUCAAACUUGGCACAGAUUCUGUUUGACCUCCUUUUCAAAGUCCUGCAAAGUAAACAAAUCACCACCUGUUCAUCAUAAAAAAAUGACAAAUAAAAGCUUUUGAAUAUCAAGAAAGCUUCAAGAUCUCCACUGAGUGGAAACGCCAAUUUAGUCCAUCUGUCCUUCUGAAAGCGUGAUGGCUGCAGCCCACAGCUUGUGUUCGUGUCCAGCCUGUCAGUGUGACGCCGGAGAGGGGAGCAGGAAGCAGUCUG